AUGGAGGUCGCCAUUUCUGCGGUUACAAGUGAGCUUGCGAGCCGGUUCAUCUCCUUCCUGAUGAACAAGUAUCAGUCCCAUAGCCACACACAAUUAGAGGAGGAGAACCUGGUGGAGAAGCUGCAACAUCUCCUGAUUAGAGCUCGCACCGUCAUCGAGGAGGCGGAUCGACGAUGCAUCUCCAGCUCCGGGAUGCUGACGCAGCUCAAGAUGCUCACAGAGGCCAUGUACCGAGGCCAUCAUGUGCUGGACGCCUUCAAUUUCCAACAACUACUUGACAGCGGUACCAUCGACGAGGUUAGCGACUCAUCCAGCGUCUCAUAUUUAUCCUUCCCUUUCAAGCGUCCUCGAAGAACCGAGUUUAGAGGGAAGGGCAGAUCCAUUCACCUGGAGUUACACGGUGCCUUGAGAAGCUUAGAGAUUGUUGUGGCAAACAUGGCAGAAUUUGUUGUGCUUCUGGGCGGAUGUGAACGGAUAUCUCGCAGGCCUUAUGAUGCCUACCUUUACACGGACCACUUCAUGUUUGGCCGACACGUAGAGAAGCAGCACCUCUUGAGCUUCUUACUGCAACAUGACCCUCCCGGUGAUUCUCCGGCCGUGCUACCGAUCAUUGGUGGCGUCGCAGUCGGAAAGAAAACGCUGGUUGCUCAUGCCUGCGACAACGAGACGGUCCGCUCGCAUUUCGCUUCAAUUUUGCACUUGAAUGGAGAUAGUCUCCUGAGAAUCAUUGAGCAUGGAAGGACCAUGUCAGGGAGUAGAUUUUUGGUGGUUGUUGAGUUUGUUUCAGAUGUAGAUGAGGAGGACUGGACAAAGUUUUACUCCUUUGUAAAAAGAAUGGGCAAGGGAAGCAGGGUGAUCAUCAUAAGUAAGCUUCAAAGGCUAGCCAGAUUUGGAACAGUGAAGCCAAUUUAUCUCAGUAACCUCUCCUAUGAGGAGUUUUGGUACCUCUUCAAGACACUCACGUUUGGCAGUGCAGACCCGUCAGAGCACCCGCAGCUAGGGCGAAUCGCGGAAGAAUUUGUAAGAUCUUUCAGCCAGGAGGGUCACUCGUCACGACAAAUGCGUUCGUGGAUGUGUUGA